GUCCCCGGCUAACAACGACAUAGAAAUUCAUAGGCGACAUAAGCACCUCAGAAUAUUUGGGAUAAUUCAACACAACCUGGAAACACGCUGGAGUCAAUAAAGAAAUAGUGUCAAUAUUUCAGCUGUAGUUUUUAUAGGUGGUUGCUAUGGUUCCUCCCAGCCGGUAGAUGGAAAUAGCCUACUGUAUUCAUCUCAACCACUUGAGUUUGGAGGACACACUCAUGCGUAUUUUGUGGGCAUGUACGGCAUGCACACACAGCUAUCCACUUCUGUUGCGUUAUAACUACAUUUAACAGUGAACAUUAGGACGUCUUGACGCCAACAAAAAAAAGUCGUUUUUGUACAUUUUGCGACCCAUUCAAGCUAAAAACCAUGUCGACAGUCUUCUCUUUCCAGACACAGCUCGUCUCCAUCAUGGACGCGUUAUCCAAAACAGCUGUGAUGGAAAUAAGCAAACUGGUCGAGAUCGAGUCGAAGAUGCUGAAAAUUGAGAUAACUCGAGGGCGGAACGAAAUUGCCUCGCUCUCAGAGAAACUGCAGCUGAUGGAGAAAUUGCUUUAUAUCGCACAGGGAGGAAGACAGGAGGCAGCAGCAUGCUCAGUGGUGAGGGACGGUUCAGAGGACGGAAUACUGGAGCCUGACAGGACAAGACCUGCCAUUAAAAGUGAAAGCCCAUGGGAAAACAUAAGUUCAUCCACUGAGAUGAACAAGUGGCAUCAUCUUCAAGUGGAAGAGCGUGAACUCUCAAAUCCUCAGAAGGAGCAGCCUGAGCUGAUUGUGGUGAAGGAAGAGCCAUUGGAUGUUGACAACAGAGACUGUGAACAAGAAAGAACAAGUGAAAACAGAAGGGAAGCAUUCACAGACACCCAGAAGAGUCCGGGAGUGAUGCAAUGUCCCAAACCCGUUGCAGACCACCAACAGCCUCUGUUUACCGACAGCUUUGUGACCAUGAGCUCCCAGUCGUCUCUUGUUGGACAAGGAAGGAGGGAAACACAGUGGAAUCCACAGCUCACACCCGCACACACAACCUUAGUGGCUGGGAAAAGCCUGGUUCAAAAUGUUGCCUCCCAAAGCAUAAGUGUGCUCAGGAAUAUGAAGCUUCAUAACUUGAGGAACUCUGGUGCUAAAAGGUUCGGCUGCUUACAGUGCGGCAAGAGCUUCAGAUGCUUCAGCCAGCUUGAAAUACACCAGAGAAGUCACACAGGAGAGAAACCGUUCAGGUGCACGCUGUGUGGAAAGAGAUACGCACAAAAAGGGCAUCUGUAUACACACCAGCGCACACACACUGGGGAGAAGCCCUACCGCUGCCCUAUUUGUGGAAAGGGCUUUAUUCAGAAAUGUACUCUCGAUAUGCAUCAGCGUACACACACUGGAGAAAAACCUUUUGUCUGUAUCAAAUGUGGCAAGGGCUUUACAAAGAAUUGUAAUCUGAAAAAACACCUCGCAGUACAUCUAGAUCCUAAUCUGAACAUGUAUGGUAGUGAAUCUAGUGUACCCACGUUUAGUGGGACAUUCAUAAGCGGAACCACCUAAAACACCCAGUCCAGUGUAACAUCUACUGCUGUUUGAUGGAAUUAUUUUGCGCAUAAUAAAAUUAUCUUUUCUCCAGA